AUGGCAGUUCAACUGCUCGACCUUAGCUUCGAGCACCAUCCCGAUGGCUUCGGUAUCGAAUCGCGCGCACCACGGUUAUCUUGGCGCUUCGGUCAGGACCAGUCAGCUCCUGCAAAAGGCUGGCACCAGACAGCGUACGAGGUGGAGAUAUUCCGAGGCUCGGACUCCCAGGCGACGGAGUCGUACCGCGUGGAAUCCGAAGACUCAGUGCUCAACCCGUGGCCGAGCCGACCAUUGGGAUCCCGCGAGAGAGCAGCGGUCCGAGUAAGAGUCUUCGGGACCAACAACGUUGACGGGCAUCCGUCGGAGCCUGCCGCUACACCCUGGACUGACUGGCACGUGGCGGAAACGGGGCUGCUGGAUCGUUCCGACUGGACGGCCAACUUCAUCACAACGCUGAUCCCGCAGCCCAAGGACAAGCCACGCCGUCCAAUGUUGUUCCGCAAGCCGUUCAAUCUCGAGUCUGUACCUGCUGGGCAGCGCCGGGCCAGGCUCUACAUCACCAGCCUCGGCGUCUACGAGGCGCACAUCAACGGUCGUCGGGUAGGCGAUUUGCAGAUGACGCCGGGGUGGACGAGCUACAACCACCGCCUGCCGUACCAGGUCUACGACGUCUCCUCGCUGCUUCAAGAGGGCGAGAACGUUCUCGCCGCCGAAGUCGCCGAGGGAUGGUACGCCGGCCGACUCGUCUGGGGCGAGGGCUUCCGCAACUGCUACGGCGACACGCUGGGCUUGCUCGCGCAGCUCGAGAUCCAACAGGAUGGCGAAGUAGUUCAAACAGUCAUUUCCGACGGCUCCUGGCGCGCACGCGAAUCCGCCCUCAUCACGAGCGAGAUCUACGACGGCGAAGUCUACGACGCCCGCGAAGAAGAGCCAGGCUGGAGCAGCCCCGGGUUCCACCUCAGCACGCCCUGGAACCUCGCCCAACUCCUCCCCUUCCCCUCCACCACGCUCUUCCUCCCCGACGCGCCCCCCGUCCGCGUCACCCAGGCCCUCACCCCCCGCUCCAUCACAACCAGCGCGACGGGCACCACCCUCCUCGACUUCGGCCAAAACCUCGUCGGCAAAAUCCACAUCCAAUCCCUCACCAAACCCGCCGGCCACGUCCUCACAAUCCGCCACGCCGAGAUCCUGCAGCACAACGCCCUCUACACCCGCCCCCUCCGCGCCGCCGCCGCCACCGACACCAUCACCUUUUCCUCCGCCCCCCUCACCAACUACUCCCCGCGCUUCACCUUCCACGGCUUCCGCUACGUCGAAUUGUCCGGCCUCGACCCCUCCACCACCACCUCCUCCAACAUAACCGCGCAAGUCCUCCACACCGCCCUCCCCCGCACCGGCCACUUCCGCUGCUCCGACCCCCGCAUCAACCAACUGCACACCAACGCCGUCUGGUCCUUCCGCGGCAACGCGCUGUCCAUCCCGACCGACUGCCCGCAGCGCGACGAGCGGCUGGGCUGGACGGGCGACAUCCAGGUCUUCGCUCCCUCGGCUUCCUUCCUUUUUCGGACGACGGCGUUCCUCGCGAACUGGCUGCGCGAUCUGGCGUUCGACCAGCGCGACGCGGGCGGGGUGGUGCCGAUGGUGGUGCCGGAUGUGUUGAAGGAUAGGACGAGCUGGAAGGUCGUGCCGCAGGCGGUGUGGGAUGAUGUGGCUGUGCUGCUGCCGUGGGAGGUGUGGCGGGGGAGUGGGGAUAAGGGCGUCCUGGCGGCGCAGUGGGAGAGUAUGGUGGGGCAUGUGGAGGGGGCGGUGAGGAGGGGGGAGGACGGGUUGUGGGAUGAGGGGUUGUGGCAGUUGGGGGAUUGGCUGGAUCCGAAUGCGCCGCCGGGAGAGCCCGGGGCCGGGAGGACGGAUGGCGGGUUGGUGGCGGAUGCGUAUUUGGUGCAUGUGACCGGGGUGAUGGCGCGGGUGGCGGGGGUGUUGGGGAAGGGGGAGGAGGAGGGAAGGUAUAGGGAGGAGUGGGAGAGGUUGAGGGGGGUGUUCAGGGAGAAGUACGUCGCGCCGUCGGGGCUGGUGGUGGGCGAUUCGCAGACGAGCUUGGCGCUGGCGAUCGCGUUUGAUCUGUAUGAGGGGUCGGAGCGGAGCGAGGUGCAGAGGAAGAAGGCGGGGGAGCGGCUGGUGAGGCUGGUCAAGCAGGCGAAGUACCGUGUCAGCACGGGCUUUGCGGGGACGCCGCUCGUGCUGCAUGCGCUGAGUAAGACAGGGCAUGUGCAGGAGGCGUAUCGCAUGUUGCUGGAAGACGGGUGUCCGAGCUGGCUGUAUCCGGUGUCGAUGGGCGCGACGACCGUGUGGGAGCGGUGGGAUAGCAUGUUGCCCGAUGGCACUGUCAAUCCGGGUGAGAUGACGAGCUUCAAUCACUAUGCGCUGGGCUCGGUGGUGGAUUGGCUGCAUGGCGUUGUUGCGGGGCUCACGCCGGUGGAGCCGGGAUGGAAGAGGUUUAGGGUUAGGCCGUUGCCUGGCGGGACGAUAACGUGGGCGGAGGCCAAGUUUGAGAGCCAGUAUGGGCUGGUGAUUGUGAAAUGGUUGUUGGAGGAGGAGGGAACAAAGUUCAGGAUGGGGCUACAGGUGCCGCCGAAUACCGAGGCGUUAGUCGUAAUGCCUGGUGAGGCAGAGGAGGAGGGCGUGUGGGUUGGCUCUGGUGUGCAUCAGUUGGUAUCGGCAUAUGAAGCACCGGGCGAGUGGCCUCCGAAGGAUCUCUGGAGGUAA